GCGCGUGCGUGAGCUGGCGCGCGAGAAAGCGCCCGGUCGCGCCGAGGCUCGAGCGGCCGUCGCCAUUUUGUAGGGUUCUCUCUGACGCGGGACCCGCCGCCACCGCCGGCACCACCCGGAGGCUCUUGUCAGGAUGGUGAAGCUGUUCAUUGGAAAUCUGCCCCGGGAGGCCACAGAGCAGGAGAUCCGCUCACUCUUCGAGCAGUACGGGAAGGUGCUGGAAUGUGACAUCAUUAAGAAUUAUGGCUUUGUGCACAUAGAGGACAAGACGGCCGCUGAGGAUGCCAUACGCAACCUGCACCACUACAAGCUGCACGGAGUGAACAUCAAUGUGGAAGCCAGCAAGAAUAAGAGCAAAGCUUCAACCAAGUUACACGUGGGCAACAUCAGCCCCACUUGUACCAACCAAGAGCUUCGGGCCAAGUUUGAGGAGUACGGCCCAGUCAUCGAAUGUGACAUCGUGAAAGAUUAUGCCUUUGUACACAUGGAGCGGGCAGAGGAUGCGGUGGAGGCCAUCAGGGGCCUCGACAACACAGAGUUUCAAGGCAAACGAAUGCAUGUACAGUUGUCAACUAGCCGGCUUCGGACUGCCCCUGGGAUGGGAGACCAGAGUGGUUGCUAUCGGUGUGGUAAAGAAGGACAUUGGUCCAAAGAGUGCCCAGUAGACCGUACAGGGCGUGUGGCAGACUUUACUGAGCAGUACAAUGAACAGUAUGGAGCAGUGCGCACACCUUAUACUAUGGGUUAUGGGGAGUCCAUGUAUUACAACGAUGCCUAUGGAGCACUCGACUACUAUAAGCGCUACCGCGUCCGAUCUUAUGAAGCUGUGGCGGCGGCAGCUGCAGCUUCCGCAUACAAUUAUGCAGAGCAGACCAUGCCUCAUCUUCCUCAAGUCCAGAGCUCAGCUGUACCCAGUCACCUCAACUCCACUUCUGUUGAUCCGUAUGACAGACACCUAUUGCAGAACUCUGGCUCAGCUGCCACCUCAGCUGCAAUGGCUGCUGCCGCUUCCUCUUCCUAUUAUGGAAGGGACAGGAGCCCACUACGUCGGAAUGCGGCUGUGCUCCCCGCAGUUGGAGAGGGCUACGGUUAUGGGCCAGAGAGCGAGAUGUCUCAGGCUUCAGCAGCAACUCGGAAUUCUCUGUAUGACAUGGCCCGGUAUGAGCGGGAGCAGUAUGUGGACCGAACACGGUACUCAGCCUUUUAAAAACUGGAGGUGUGAACCUCAAAUGGACUGAAUAACCCUGAGUUGGUUGCAGUCCCAGGAGCCUGAUGUUAAUGAGGCUGCCAGGAUGAAAUUCUCCACAACUGUUGGGGAUCCAAAUUCGGGUCUCACCCUAACAGAACUGAUCCAAGAACAUCACAGCUUUUGAAGUCGAUUGGCACAGAUCAAGACCAAGAUUUGGCCCUGUGUCUGUAUUAAGUAGAGGAGCUUGGUGUGAGUUAAUUUUUUUUUUCCCCCUGCCAUUGGUGUCUGGAGUUCCCACCAUCAAUGGAGGAAUUAAGACAGUCCUAGCAGUAGUUUCUUUUGAUUUGUCAGGGGUUAUUUGGUCAAUUAGGAAACUACUGCAACUAUGGCUCUGAACUGACUGUGUAACAUGUAGAGAGAUAGCUUAAAGGGUGAAUGACCAACUGUUCUUUAACAGUAUUCUUUGUGACUAUGCUUUUUGAAUGUUUUCUUUGGAACAUCUGUAAUAGUAAAUUGGGCUGGGCAUGCAUGGGUGGUGGAUGCCUGUAGUCCCAGCUACUCAGGUUUACUUCAGAAGUUUAUGCUCAUACUGCGCAACAUACUUAGAUCCCAACUCUUAAAAGAAAGAAAUUGACCGUUACCUGAUAAAUUAGCCAUCUUUUGCUUUUUUUCUGGACCCCCAAAUGAAUCUGUAGCUAUUGAAGAUUUAUACCUUCCUUGAAGCCUUCUACUAUAGGGGUUACCCGAGUUAAAAGAUAGGAGAAUGGUGGGUUUGCGGGUUUAUAUACUAUCAGCAGUUUUGUAUUGUGUGCAGCAUAUAGCUUAUGUAGGUUCCUAGCUGUACCUAUUAGUCUUUGGGGUGAUUUUGUGGGAUAUACAUUCAACCCAAAACCUGACUUGAUUUUGUUUUGUUCUUUGUGUCACCCCUCCCCCACCCCAUUGGCAUACAGGACGGGACCAGGGCCCUUGUACUCGGAACCAGACUGCACUCCAGGCAUUGUGUAAGCCUCUUGUGUUCUGCUUUCUUUCAGGUAGGAUAAUUGCGGACUGAACCCUCGGGCUGCGGUCAUAUAUGAGAACUUGGUCCUCGCGGUCCCCUUUGCCAGGAUGUUUCCAUUGCUUCAUGUUUCAGUAAACAAAGGAAUUUGUGACCAACUAUGUUUUCUUUCUUAAUUUAAUUCUUCUAAGUUGACUUUUCUUUCCUCGAUGCUAGUUGUCUGUAGCUUUUCACUCUGUUCCUUAUAUUCUCAGCCUCUGAACAGCCCUAGGUAAGGAUUAUGCUGACAUCCCUUUUCCUGUACAGUGGAAGCCCCUCUUAAUCUUGCUUUCUUAGGAGUUGAGCCCUUUUCCCUGCCUUCCUACAGCAUCUCCUUUCCCUUUAAAAUGACCGUGUAGUGGCAAGCAACCUUUAACUCUUCUGUUAGUGCUGGACUCUUAACAUUGAAGCUAGUCUUCUGAAGUUGCUAGGACCAUUGGGGUUUUGUUGUUGUUUUGGUUUGAUUUUGUUUUGUUUUUCGGUUGUGUCUGACCUGUGAUCGUGGUACAGCAUUUGCUGAAAUUUAGCCUUGUUUUAUUCCACUCCUCCCACAUUUUUUUUU